AUCAUGGUAUGCUGUUCUUGUGCUUGUCGAUUUUGGGUUUGAGGUUCCAUUGGUUCAUAAUUCAUAUACUUUGCGUUUGAAGUCUCAAGCCAAGGCUGUGAAGUUGAUAUUGCAGGGUUUGGGAAUCUGAACAUGGGAAAUGAGAUGGGCAACAGCAACAUAACUGGGCUCCAAGAAGAAGAAAAGACUAAGGUGGUCGAGGCUCCAAAGAAGUAUUUGCAGGAAGCUGUUAAAGCUGAUGAUGUGAAGGAAGACAAUCACGCGGUUCCUCUUGCAGAAGAUGAAGAUUUUUCCAAGAAAUCAGCUGCAGGGAAGGGUGAAACUGGCUUUCACUCAUCUCCUGAAGGGCCAGUAGAAUCAAAUGACACAGGUGGUGAAAACAGUCCUGGCACCCAACAGAUAUAUUCAUCCAAAGAUUUGAUUGAUCAUGGAAAGCCAGUAGAGUCAGUAAUGGAGGAUGAUCAGCAGGAAUUGGAAACAAAUGAUCAUCAAAUUCAGGAAAAAAUGUCCACAACGAGAGACAAUGAAACAGACAGAGAAGAAGAAACCAAUUAUACAAUCUGUGACACAUUAUCUGCAUCACAGAGUCCAGAACCUCUAGAAUCUGUUGAUCCAAACUUGGAACAACAUGGAAUGGGUGAAAUUCAUGAUUCCUUAUCAGAGAAAGACUCUGGUGGUGAAUCGCAAGGAAGUGAUGAAAUUAUCCAAUCAAGCCUAUCGUCUGAAAGUGAGGAGAAAGCGGAUUUGUUGGAUACGGAAAUGAUAGGGAGUCUAGCUGAAAGUGCUGUUUCCGUAACAGAUCCAAAAGUAGAAAAGGGUAGGAAUGACUCGAUAGCAAAAGAAACGAAAUCCCAAGAGUGGGGAAUACUAGAUAGGAGUAUCUGCAUUGAGAAAUUUGAAACUGCAGAGGGAGAAGAGGUGGGAAAUGGUUUGAGCAAAACAUCAAACUUUCAAAGUGAUACCAGUAAGGAAUCUGAAGUAGGGUUCUUCAAUGAGAUGAAUUUAUGCACAGACUAUUUGUCUGUUUUGAAACCAGAAGUCCUUCCUCCCACCGAUUCCCUAUUUAGUACAGACCAGAAGGUUUCUGGACCUAACGGAUCAGAAAAUGAAUUGAACACGCAUGAUCCAAUCCCAACCCGGUUAUGUGAGGACCUGUUGAAAGAAAUGGAGACUGGCGAGGCAAAUGGGAGGGAUUCGUCCACUGAUAUGAAUUUAAAUAGGGACGAUUUCCCUGUUUGGGAACCGGAAGUCAUUCCUCCCCCUGAUAUGCUGGUAAACUCCUAUCAAAAUGUUCUGGAGCCUGAAGAAAAGCAUAUGAUUGAUCCUGAAGAAACAAAAUUGAUUGGGAAUGAAUCAGAAGUGAAUGAGCAUGAUCCAAUCCCAACCCAAUCUUGUGAGGAGUGGACUAAAGAAUUGGAGACUGAUGGGGCAAAUGAUUUUCAGUCAGAAUUUAUGCAAAUUGCAUUUGAUCAUGGCAGCGACGGAAUAGAAAUUUUGAUUGAGGACUGUGAGAUUGAGGCAGCAAAAGCGAACAAGAGCAAUGAGCAAAUUGACUCGUGCGACAACAUGAUGACUUCAGACUCCCAGGUCACUGAGAAUGGUGACCGGGUCGAUUUGUACUGCAUAAACCUGGGAUCAGUUUCACGAGAAAACUGCAAGGAGUCAAAUGGUGAUUCGGAGAACAUGGUUUCUGUUUCUGGAAAUGGAAUAGUUCCUAGUGAGUCAACGGCCGAGGACUACACCAAGGAUGGAGUGCAGCUAACAGAGAGGAACAUUGUUAUAAAUGUAAUGGAGAGAGAAAAAGAUGCCUAUGCAAUGCAAAAUGAAACGGGCGGAGAAGAAACAGCUGAGCAGUGUUUUUCCCAUGAGAUUGAAGUAGCAGAAAAAGUACUCUCUCCAUCUCCAGCUAAUCCAGUCCAGUCCCAAGAUUACAAACAGGACAGUGCCACGAGAUCUGAAACUGUGCAAGAGAUCGUAACAUCAGGACGGUAUGAAGCAGAAAGGCUCAGCACUGAAUCAAGUCCUGAUAACCUGAACAGUAAUGUUGAGAUGCAAAAAUCUCCAAGCUUCAGCUUGGAUCUCCAAACCGAAGAGAAGACCGAAAUUUCCGAUCAAACUCCAUUAUUAUAUCGGGACAAGAUUGUAACCUUAUCUGGCCAGGUUGAUGCUAGUCACAAAAAACCAAUUGUGAAAGCUGAAUACUGUCGAGACAAGUUACAGAAUCGAGAGACACCGGUGCAAGAGAAAAUCAACAUUUCAGAAAGAAGUGAUUCUGAGAAGAUGAAGACACCAUUGCUUGGGUUUUUGAAAGAAGAGGAAGAAUCCCACAUUGCAGUCUCAGCACACAAGCAGGAUAGCCUUUUUUCUGCAAAGAUGACUAGUAAGGAAGUGUGCAACACAUCUGCUAAGAAAGCUGCGUCUACCUCACCAAAAGGAAGGGAGAAGCGCAAACCGAGGUCAUCCCUCUUCGGCAAUUGCAUGUGCUGUGCUACUUUGAAUACCUUGUGAAGUUGCUAAUUCUUCGAACUUUUAUUUUUUUUUCCUUUGAUUUGUUUUGGAUGGAUUUUCUUUCUGAAUUCUGAUCAGGAGAGAGGCUGGAGUUUGGUGGAUAGAUUUGACAAAAUGGAGAAGAGUGAGCAUCCUUUUUUUUCCUUAAUUUUCCUCAUUUCUUUCUGUCUCAACACUCACAUUGUUAGAGAUGUAUGUUCUUCCUUCGGAGACUGCAACUCUUUUGUGUUCUUUGCUUGUAUGCUUGUCAGAAAAGCUGUGAGUUUCAAGAGGAGGCUGUAAUUUAGGCAACUAUGCUGCCGUGAUUGUAAUUUUAAGUGGUUUAAUACUUUUUAUAUACCAUUAUACAUAUUGAUGGCUAA